AUGAUCACUAGUACUCAUGACUAUCAGGUGGAACAGAGAUCUUGUUCAUUGGCGGGUCUCCUGACCUCUCCUCAUUUUCCUACGUUCUAUUCUUCCGGCGUCUCGGUGGGAUCAGAGAUCUAUUUCCCUGAUCACGGAUGGCCUUUUCCCUCCAAGAAGGUUAGGGUCCUUGAUACUCGAUCUGGUACUAUAAGGAUGGGUCCAAGCAUGAAAGUGGCUAGGUGGGCCCAUAAAGAAUCAAUGGGAGUGGUCGACGGGAAGAUAUACGUGAUUGGAGGAACUUAUGGGAAGAACCAAGUGGAAGUGUUUGAUCCAGAAACUCAAACCUGGGAGUUCGCAGGUGAGGAGAAAGUGCAAUGCAAUUCGCGGUUUAGUGGGUCGCUGGAGGACAAAGUUUACAUGGUGGACUUGGAACAUGGGAGAAUCAGUGCGUAUAGCGUGGGAGUGGUCGAUGGGAAGAUAUACGUGAUCGGAGGAAGUGUUGAUGAGAGCCAAGUGGAAGUAUUUGAUCCAGAAACACAAACCUGGGAGUUCGCAGGCGAGGAGAAAGUGCAAUGCAAGUCGCGGUUUAGUGCGUCGCUGGAGGACAGGGUUUACAUGGUGGACUCCCUACAUGGGAGAAUCAGUGCGUAUACUCCGAGAGAAGGUAUAAGCAACGUGGCGACAGAGAGUCAAAGUGAUAAAAUGAACUGCUUGUGUGUGGUAGAGAAUGUGAUAUAUGCUUGUUUUAAGCGGAGUGGGUUAAUGUGGUUUGACACAAAGCUAAAGGUUUGGAGAAGAUUGGUUGAUUCUGAUGGGAAGAUGGAUAUUAGGUGUAGAAUGAUCGCAUUGGAUAGGGUAGGAGAUGAGAUUCGUGGGAAGAUUGAGUGGUCUGGUAUUAUGGCCACAUUCCCGUGUGGCGAAAUUACUUUAAGACAUUGUUUAGUUGUGUCUGCAGAUUGA